AGCUCACAGGUGUGUGCUCACCUGUGGGAAGAUAAUGUAGAACCGCAUGGACUUUCACUUUGAGGGGAUGGGAGCUGCAAUGGAGUUCUGAGCAGAGGCCAAGUGAGACCGACCUGACUGAUGAGGUGUGCACAGGAUCCCGGUGUUAUGUCCGGGCACACGGAGGGCAGCGAGGAGCUGCCGCACUAGUCCAGGCCCAGCCCAGCGCUGGCGACUUCUCCCCAUCACCCGCGCUCUGGGCCUAAGGCGGCGGCUAAGGGGAUUUGCUCACCCCCGAGUUCCCACUGCCCAGAGCACAGAGGCCUUCUCUAAAUGGGUGUGAAGCGACUUGUAGCUCCCAUGUACUAAGCUUUGAUUCUGUUAAGCCCCGAGCUGGCCACUUAACACACAAUCUUAGAAAAUCCUCGGGACGACUAUCAAUUGAAACAAUCCCUACUUCAUGGCUGAAGACCGUGAGGCCCCAAGGGACUGCUCCUCGCCGCGUGGUAAGUGGAGGAUGAGAGCUUGGCUCCAGCUGCCUGACCUUAGAGCAGUAGUCGAAUUCGCCAUUGACCACGCACCUGCCCACCUGCCCAGGUGAAGCUUACUCAGCGCGCAUGCGCCCAGCCGUGUUUAAAGCGCCGGCGGCCACGGAUCCUCGCUCCAGUAGGAAGAGGUGGGCUCUUGGUUUCGCCCUCGACGCCAGCUUAAAAGAUGCUGGUGAGCUACAGGAGCCUGGGUCCCCUCCCAGCGGGACGCUCCAGGCGCUGACCCAAUCCUUCCCUGCAGAGUCCGGCAGCCGCCCUUGACCCAGAGCCUGCGAGCGCCCCAGUCCCGGACAACGUUCCCGCGGGCACGAGCGCCUCCCCAGGACCCCCGGAAAGGCCCCGGGGACGGUGCGCGCCGCCGGGGCUGGAGGAGGCGCUGAGCGCGCUGGGGCUGCAGGGAGAACGCGAGUACGCGGGCGACAUCUUCGCCGACGUCAUGGUGUGCCCUGCGCUGCCCCAGAUGGCCCUGCCCCGGACCGUGACCCCAGAGAUGCGAGCACUAGUGGUGGACUGGCUGGUCCAGGUGCACGAGUACCUGGGCCUGGCGGGGGACACGCUCUACCUGGCUGUGCACCUGCUCGAUUCCUACCUGCGCUGCAGCCGAGUGCGCCUACACCGCCUGCAGCUGCUGGGCAUGGCCUGCCUGUUCGUGGCGUGCAAAAUGGAAGAGUGCGUGCUUCCCGAGCCCGCCUCCCUCUGCCUCCUGGGCGCUGGCUCCUUCUCCCAGGCCGAGCUUCUGCGAGCCGAGCGCCGCAUCCUGAGCCGCUUGGAUUUCCGACUGCACCACCCGGGUCCACUCCUCUGCCUGGAGCUACUGGCUGCUCUGGCAGGGAGCAACCCCCAGGUGAUGCUCCUUGCCGCCUACUUCCUGGAACUGUCUCUGCUGGAGGUCGAGGCCGCUGGGUGGGAGCCCAGUCGCUGCGCAGCGGCGGCGCUGAGCCUGGCGCGCCGUGUGCUCCACGUGGCGGGCUCUGGGUUGGAGCCGGCACUUUACAGCCCCGCGGAGUUGGGCCCGCUGGAGCCGUGCAUGGCCCGCGCGGUGCUCCGAGGCCCCGCACCCGGCCGUGCUGCCAUCUUCCUCAAGUAUGCGAGGCCCCAGCGUCGGGGCACCAGCCUCUUCGCCGCCCGCCUGCUCCGCUGUCCCCAGCCGGGGCCCCCCUGAGCCCCGACACCCCAUCAAAAAAGUCUCAGUGUGUGUCCGUUUCCCACUUCAAUAAAAGAGUUUCUUUUA